CUCCCCCUCUCCCUCUCUCUCUCUCCCUGCCACGACCACAACCACCACUUUCUUUUCGGCCCGCUCUCAGGCUCUGUCAACUAAGCGCGGGCGCCAACAACCCCUCUUCCUCACACGAGUCAGUCACUGGUGUUGUGUGACCUCGGGGGGCUGAGGCUAUAUUUAGUCGUGACCCCGCUCCUUGAUGCACACAGGUUUUCCGGUCGCGAUAUUUUCAAGUAUACCAAACAACCACCGAGGAAGUUGUGAAAGUUUUCGCUCCUGAUUUGAACGUAGCGCUGUGCUGUGUUAAAACAUUCUGUGUUGAGGCGUCGUUUUAUUUCUUGUGACAAACAGGAUUAAUCUUCGGUUUGUGCUCGCGUGUGUAAUACAAUAUUCAGGUAGGGACGUUGCAACAACAGAUGUGUGUAGCUUUGUGUCGGUUCGUCGACACUUCCAGGGCUAGGUGAGAAAUUAUUGGAAUGAGCACCUGGCGCGCAAUCGAUCUCAGUGUGCAAGGUGUGAGUGCGAUCGAUACAUAUGUCGUGAGUCAUCAUCAAACAAUUUCUCCGGAGUGACUUGUGCUGUGGCUUGUUUGGCCAGAGAAGGGAGGCUAUACUCGGGGCACGUACAAGAGAGACAACUCUGUGCGUGUGUAUACAUGACAAUUAUAGUGUGAGUGAGACGAUUCUCUGCCCGCUUGCAGCUGUCAGUCAAGGAUGAGCAGUGGCAAAGGGGAGGAGCCUGUGGACGAAGUGGGCGGGGACAGUAGAGAGGCAGCCAUGCCCAAUGCAGAUUUAGCGCAGGCUGAAGGGAGUGCAGAUGGCUGUUAUGUGUCCAAAUCUGAAGUACGAGCGACAGUGAAGGUGACAGACUGGCGAUCGCACAUGGCGAGCGGGAACGAGUCUUUUGUCGUACGUAAUGUCAGUUACGAAAGCAGCAGUGACUUUAGCAAUACAACAAGUACUGUGGCUGGGACAUGUGUACAGUACAGUGAACGUUCGUCAGGCGGUUUGUGGCAGUUAUCGCCCUCUGCCUCCCCGCUUCCGGUCUUGCCCGGAAACGCCUCUUUUAGGCAGCGGGGUGAUGACGAGAUUGAGAGAAAGGACAAUGAGGAGGAAUAUGACAACGCUAAUGACGACAUCUUUAUCACUGAGGAAGAAGCUUCCGGAAACCGUGACCUCACCAUCAGCGCUGUCGUAGCGACAGCAGUAGCCACCACCCAUCCCCCCUCCUCCUCAGUAAUACUAUCUCCCCAGGACUUAUCAGUAUUCCCUCCUUCAUUCUCUUCGUCGUCUUCUUCUCCCACGUCGGUUGUCGCGACGGCAUCCUCUGUCUCGUCCUUCUCCUCUCGAAACUACAUCAUGCACGGUAACACUAACAACAACAACAGUGAUAACGAUAAAAGCAAGGAUGAUUUCAGCAUUAGUAAUGAUGAGAACAGAAGAAGCAGUAACAACAAUAAUGAUAAGCUGGACAACCACAUUAAGCCACCCACAAGCCCCCGCCGCACCAUAAAUCAUCAAAUCCACCACCUCCUCCUCCAACAACAACAUCAACAACAACAACACCACCAACAACAACAUCACCAUCAACAGCCACAUCAGUAUCACAGCCGUAGCGGUAGUAGUGGCGGUGUUAGUGGCAGUACUGGUACCACUAUCGGUAGUGGUAGUGGUGGCAGCAGCACUGGUGUAAUCAGCGGCGGACUGGUAGGGAGGGAGAGGGGUCUGUCUUCUUCCUCCUCCACCUCCUCCCUGUCCACCACCGCCUCCCUGGCCUCCAUCAGCGAGGACGAGAUGCUGACCAUGAUGGAGCAGAUGGGGGAAGGGGAGAUCAUCCGGGCACUGCCGCCCUGUGACUGUGACGACUGUCUAUUCCAGGAGCCGGCCACAGGAGACGGGCGAGCCAUGCCGGACAGGAAGCCGCUCAAACGGGUGAGUUGUUCUUGCUACAUUUGAUGGGCUCUUCUUUCCUUUUUCUUCCGUUUGUGAGGGGCAUCCAGCCUGCCCUUUUUACAGAUACAAGUGAUGAAAUAAUUCAUCCACCCUACCCUUUUUGCAGAUACAAGUGAUGAAAUAAUUCAUCCACCCUACCCUUUUUGCAGAUACAAGUGAUGAAAUAAUUCAUCCACCCUACCCUUUUUGCAGAUACAAGUGAUUGGAUAAUUCAUCCACUCUGUCAUUCAUUUUUAGAGAUAGAAGGGACGAGAUGAUUCAUCCACUCUGUCAUUCAUUUUUAGAGAUAGAAGGGACGAGAUGAUUGAUCCACCUUGUUAUUUUCAGACCUAGAAGUGACGGAUGACGUCAUCAAUCCAUAUUUUGCUAUUGCGUAUAAUAUAUGAGUAGUAAAUAUUAUGCUGUAUUGAUUCGCCCUUAAAAGUGUGAUUUCAAAAGUUUCUUU